AUGGUAAAGAAGAAGAAAACUGAAUUAGAACAGCAGAAAAUUAAAACUCUUAGAGGGGAGGUUGUUUUUGAAGAGGAACUUCAAUUAAAAAGAGAAUUAAAGACUCUUGAAGAUGCUGAAAAUAUGGUUUUAAAGCAAAAAGCCAAGGAAAUUAAAGAAGCUUUCUUUAGCAAAGUGAAUGACAAAGCCCCUGGUCCUGAUGGGUUCUCUCCUCUAUUCUUCAAAAAGUCCUGGCCUAUUAUUGCUGAAGAUACUAUUGCUUCCAUAAAACUGUUCUUCCAGGAUUCUUUCUUGCUUCCUGGUUUUAAUGCCACUGCUACUGCAUUGGCUCUAGGUCUUCCUCCUGUCUUCAUUAACUGGAUUAAAAUUUGUUUUUCAAUUGAAAGCUACUCUAUCUCUUUCAAUGGGAGCUUGAUUGGUCAUUUCAAAGGUGCAAGAGGUGUUAGGCAAGGGGACCCUCUCUCUCCAUUUCUUUUUUUCCUCUCUAUGAAUAUUCUAUCAAGACUUCUCAAUAUGGCUACUUCUAGAGGUACAUUUAGAUACCAUCCAAAAUGCAAAAGAAUUGCUCUUACCCAUCUUUCUUUUGCAGAUGACCUUUUAAUAUUUUGUAAAGGGUCUGUGGAUUUUGUUAUUGGUGUUACUACUGUCCUUGAUCUUUUUUAUGAAAUGUCUGGAUUAAGUCUUAAUGCCUCUAAAUAUGAUCUUUUUGCUGCUGGAAUCCCCUAUGCUGAACUUGAGAAAAUUAAACAGAUCACUGGUUUUAAGCUUAGCAGACUUCUUGUUCGCUACUUAGGUAUUCCCUUGGUCACUAGGAAGAUUUCUAAAAAAGAUUGCACUUCUCUCAUUGAUAAUAUUAAAGCUAGAUUUCACUUCUGUUCUGCUAGAUCACUGAGCUAUGCUGGCAGAUUGGAAUUAGUCCGAGCAGUGUUAUUUAGCAUUGCUAACUAUUGGUGUAGGCAAUUAAUCCUUCCUUCCUCUGUUAUUAAAAAGAUUGAACAUCUCUGUCCAAGGUUUUUCUGGAAAGGGGCUUACAAAACAUCAGCUGGUGCAAGGGUGAAAUGGCAGAAAAUAUGUCUUCUAAAAUCUGAAGGGAGCUUUGGCAUUAAAGACUUAAGAACCUGGAACAAGGCAUGUAUAAUGAUUCUUAUAAAAAACAUACUGGUAGUUGAAGGAUCUUUAUGGGUGGCCUGGCUUAGAAGUUAUGUUUUCAAUGUUUAUGACUUUUGGAAUAUUGAGAUUAAGCCUUCCAUGAGCUGGAACUUAAGACAAAUAUUGAAGAUGAGACCAGAAGCUAAUUCUGUUAUGCUGCCUGCAAUGAAAAAAGUUAAAGAAAUCUGGAAUGUUAUCAGGGUCAAGAAUCCCAAAGUCUCAUGGAAUAAACUGCUAUGGUUUCCUCUUCACAUCCCCAAACACAACUUAAUUACUUGGAUGGUUUUCCUCGAUAGGCUACCUACAAGAGAAAGGUUGAAAUGCAUGAGACUUAUUAAUGACUGCCAAUGUGUUUUCUGUGGUGCUGCCAUGGAAACAAGGAACCAUCUAUUCUUUGAAUAUCAUAUUGUUGUUUCUUUAUGGGCUGCUAUUUUUUCUCUUAAUGGUUUGCGAAACCAUCUUUUUUCAUGGAAUGAUUUUCUUGCUUGGGCUACUGCUUAUUGGAAGGAUAAAUCUCUUCUCAUUUAUAUUUUAAAGAUUUCUUCCAAUGCCCAUAUUUACACCCUAUGGGAAGAAAGAAACAAAAGGAUUUUCCAAGAACGAUCCAGAAACAUUGAAGAUCUGAUUCAUUCCAUUAAGAAAAUUAUGAAUAGCUAUAGACCAUGUUUCUACGCUUUAAAUGUCGCAAGGGGACUAUAUGAUUCUUGUAUUUUCAUGCUAAACCUAAGAUGUCUAGGAAUUGUAUUUGAUCUGGAUGAAACUCUCGUUGUUGCAAACAGAAUGCGCUAUUUUGAGGAUCAAAUAGAUGUUUUGCAACGAAAGAUAAACACUGAGGUUGAUCCACAACGUGCUGCAGUCAAAUCCAGCAUUGUUUCAUCCUCUAAAUGA